AGCACUACCUCCUCGAAGAUGAAGAUGAGUUCAUUGAGGUGGGUGUUUGCGGCGGUAAUUAUGGCCGUGGUCGUUUGGCGUGCGACGGCGGCGAUCGGGUGCGGGGAUGCGGUGUCGAAGGUGCUUCCGUGCCAAAGUUUCAUGCUGAGCGGGGAGGCGGCGCCGAGCUCGGCCUGCUGCAGCGCAGUGCAGUCUCUGGAGAAGCUGGAGAGGGAGUCGAGCGAGGAUCGGCAGGCGAUAUGCAAGUGCUUCAAGGGACUUUAUAGGCUUUUCCCUGUUAACAUCACUAAAGCUCAGCUGAUCCCUCAGCUUUGCAAUGUUACCAUCUCCAUUGCUGUCACUCCUAAUAUUGACUGCGACAGGAUAUGAGCAUGCUGGAAACAAAUCAAUAAAAAAAAAAAGUAGUACUCCUAUUAUGUAUCUUCCAUGGCUCAAACAAAGUAAUACUGUUGACUAA